AUGCUCUUCACAGCGACGAUCCAGUUGGCUCUUGCCGGCCUCGCCUUGGGAGCUCGAACGUCUCGGUCCAUUGCUGUGUCCAACCCUUCCAGUCAAAAGGUUACCAGCUCGGCAGCUUUCAGCAGUGGUGCUGGCAACAAUAACAAUGCGAACAUCUACGAUGGCACAGGAAAUGCCGGGUCGGAUACAUACCGGUGCUACUAUGGUGGCUGGGAGAGCUUUCCCCCCGUAUCUGAAUGGAUUGAGUUUGAUGCCAUGUGGAACUACUCAAAGAAUGCCAUGGCAGAAUCCUGUGCCGACCUCGGCAUAGGAUCUUGCUCGAAUGGUGCAGGAGCUUUUGGACCUGGUAACAGCGGAGAGCAGACCGGGUUGAUAUGGAAUGCUAUCCAGCAGGUCGCUCAGGCUUCUCUGGUUGACCAUCGAUUCAUCCUUGCUACCAUUCUCCAAGAGGCACGUUUCCUGCAGCCCUCUAUUGGCUGUGUAAACGUUUGCCCGACCACCAACCCGGACCCUUCCCAGCCAGACAAUCCCGGUCUGAUGCAGUCGGAUGGAGGAGUGACCUUCGUUGGAAACUCUGCCAGCAACUCUGCCCAGCAAUCUAGCAUUACCCAAAUGGUUAUCGACGGAACCCAGGGAACUGCCCUUGGUGACGGACUGGUCCAAUGCAUCAACCAGUAUGGCAACAUUUACGAAGCUGCUCGUUGCUACAACUCGGGUUCCGUAAACAGCGGUAAUUUGAACGACGGCCAAGGAGCAACAGCUUCCUACGUCAACGAUAUUGCUAACCGAAUGACUGGAUGGCUUUAUUCUGACUCAAAGUUCAACCAGUGUUAG